UGAUGAUCGAUGGCCGCAAGCCCCGUCACGUCGUGAUGACGUCACACUAGCACGCCGAACGCCGGUCAUGGAGUAGCCUAGUUUACUUCUCUCUCAAAAGUAUCUGUCUUGGAUUAACACCAAUCGACGGACUCUGAUUAUUCAGAUUCAACUGCAACUGCAACUCAGACAACGUUUGUCCAAAACGAAUCUCUCUCUGGAUCAUAUCUUCAGUUUCCAAACACUGCAGGAACCAGCGGAGAUAUGAGCUCCCCGGCUGAAACAUACACCGCAACCGCUCUUUCCAGCCACCGGACAAAUAAUCUACUGCUUUAGUCACCCGCAAGGGCUGCAGGCCGUCCACCGGUCAAAUUAAGAACUGUUACAAUCCCCGGAUUUAACCGACACUGAGCUUAACAUUGUAUUGCUAAUAGAAGAAAAACUUAAGCACUUGGAAAAACUACGCAAACUGCACAUUCUUGACACACUCUUAACCGAGCUGAAAAACAUGGACGCGGAAUAUAUAGUGGAAACGGUGGAGCUCAAAAAUGUUGUCUCAGAUGUGCAAACCGAAACGUCAAAAAAGAAAACCACCUCUUGAAAGAAUCACUGCUGCACCUUCAAACCAGGUCAAUAAGGGGACAAUUUAAUAUUCAAAGGAAUCCGAUAGAAAAAUGACUAUAACCCCGAAGAGCUCGUGAAAACAUUAAUGAAGAACGAACUAAACAUCCCACAGGAGGCUAAACAACAUUACCUUCGCCCGAGUCUACCGGAUUGGGGGAAAAAGGAGACACACGCCAGCGCGCUCCAAACUUCAGCAGCACCCACCGGACCCAGACCCAUCGUUGCCAAGUUUGAGCAUUUCAAGCAGCGUGAAUACAUCAGAAGGCUCAAAGGUAACGAACAGUUACCGCCUUGACGAGGAGCGACGCAGAGUUGUUUUCCCCAUCUACCACAACAACCGAAGAAACGGCAAUCAGGUGCAGUGCAAGUGUGAAAUGUACAUGGAGGCAGUGAGGAUGGUCACAGCUGGCUGAGGUUCACCCUCUGACCCAGAUCCAGGUUGAAAAGAAGCAGGAGCCAUGAAAGAAGAGUGCAGGGCAGAGGGUGGAGGCGAGGCUCUGUUUGAGGACCCGGACUUCCCCUCGGACGACACGUCCCUGUUCUCUGACAGCUCCACACCCAUCGCCAGGCUGCAGGGAGACAUCACGUGGCGACGCCCACAGGAGAUCUGCCAGUCGCCAACUCUCUUCCCUGACAACAUCAACCUGGGUCAUGCAAAACAAGGCUUAUUAGGAGACUGCUGGUUUCUCUGUGCCUGCACCUUCUUGCUCAAGAACAAACAUCUACUGAACAAGGUUUUGCCUCCAGACCAGCCCCAGUGGGGUGACAGCCGGUACAGGGGCUCCUUCCAGUUUAGUUUUUGGCAGCAGGGACACUGGACAGAGGUGACCAUCGACGACUGCCUGCCCUGUAUCAAUUUCACUCUCUGCUUCUCACGCUGCCACUCCCCCACUGCCUUUUGGGUGGCCCUGUUGGAGAAGGCCUAUGCCAAGCUUCAUGGCUCAUAUGAGCGACUGUGGGCUGGGCAGGUGGCCGAGGCCCUGGUAGAUUUGACUGGGGGCCUGGCGGAGCGCUGGAGCUUGGGAGACUGUGGGUCAGAGGAGGAGCAGAGACCAGAACAGGACAGCGACCAGGUCAAGAGGAGAAGACUGGACCUGAACCUUCUGUAUCCAGUGAAAGAGUGUGCGCUCAGCUGCUCCACUCACAGCAGCCCCGGAGGUGCCAGCGAGCUGGUUCAGUACCAUGCACUCACUGUCAUGGAGUGGUUGGAUGUGAAGACAUUGUCUGGGAGCGAAGUACUGCUGCUCAGGAUCAGAAAUCCCUGGGGAAGAUGCUGCUGGGGAGGUGCCUGGAUAGGGAGUGGUGCCGGUUGGAGCUCUGUCGACCCUGUUUCUGCUUUGGACCUACAAGCCAGAGUGUCCGAGGGCGAGUUCUGGUUGGAUGAGACCGAAUUCCUGUCCCAGUUUGAUGAUGUCACUGUGGGCUACCCCAUCAGUGAUGAGGGGCACCUAAAGAGCAUCUAUACUGGAAAUCUGCUGACACACAACCAUCAGCUGGCUGGCCGAUGGAUGAAAGGGCACUCUGCGGGUGGCAGCCGAAACAGCAGCAGCUAUGGCAGCAACCCUAAGUUUUGGCUCAAAGUGUGUGAGAGAGGAGAGGUGCUGGUAUCCCUGCUACAGCAUAGAAAAUGGAGAAACACGGAGAAAUAUGCACAAACGGCACUCGAGGAUAGCAAGAACACGCACCAACACUACCAGGCUAUCGCUCUACACAUGUGGAAGGUGGAGAAGAAGCGUUUUAAUCUAAGCCGGAUGUUGAACAAACCUCCUUGUGCUUCUACUCACUGCCACGCCUACGAGAGAGAGGUGGUCCUCCAUGGACAGCUGGAGCCCGGAUACUACCUGGUGAUCCCCAGUACCUACCAGCCAGGAGCUGAGGCCCGCUUUCUAAUCAGGGUCUUUUCUUCCUCUUCCACAUCCCUUAGUGCCCUGAAAAGCCCAGCACCUUCACUGCCAUCAACAACAGAUGGAGAGUGGGAGACCAGUUACUUCCAGGGCUCAUGGGUGGAGGGAAGGACGGCUGGAGGAAGCAGGAACUUCCUGUCUCACUGGCAGAACCCAUGCUUCCCUUUUACAGUGUGUGAUGAGUCAGCAGUGACAUCAGGAGUUAAUGUCAGGAUUACCCUGCACCAGAGUCGCCCUGACACUGAUCUGCACCCUAUUGGCUUCCACAUUUAUAAGUUCCCAGAAGGGGAAUCUGAGCAGACAUUACCCAGGGACGAAGAUCCUGUGGCCAGUUGUGUCCCUCACUGCUACACCCAGGAUGUCAGUCUGGCCUGCUGUCUUUCUCCUGGAGCUUACACCAUAGUGCCGUCCACUUAUCAGCCAGACUGCUCGGCAGACUUCACCCUCAGCCUGGCUCGCAGAAUACACAGGAAAGUGGUGAAAAGCCAGGAGAGGCUUGGAAGUGCCAUUCAGGAGACUCGGCCCAGAGCUCUGCUUGGACCUGAACAGUGCCACAGUUUGAAGUUGCCGCAAGGACAGAUGACAAGCAGACGGAUGGAAGGGAUGAAAUGAGGGAUGCGGCACAUCAGAGGAGGCCGGUUCAUAUGAAGAAGCUGUCAGUCCUUUUUGUGUUGAGGCUGUGUGUGUGUUUCAUGUUCUUAUAUCCCGGUGGGGACUUUAACAUGAAUGCAUACUGGGACUUGUGUCACCAUGGGUAGAGACUGCUUUUUGAGGGUUAAGACUUUUAGGGUACAGGUUACAGUUAGGUUAGGGUCAGGGUAAGGGUUAAGGUUAGGCAUUUAGUUGUGAUGGUUAAGGUUAUGGCAAGGUGCUAGGGAAAGCAUUAUGUCAAUGAAACAAACGUAUGUGUGUGUGUGUGUCUGUGUGUGUCUGUGUGCGUGCGUGUCUGCCUGCUAGUACCCAUGUCUGUGUGUCCAAGUCACAGGGUUUCCGAUUAUUCAUUGGAGCCAGUGUUAACAGAGACUUUUACAAAGCUAUAAGUACCUUGUUCGAGUAGUACAGUGCUGUGUAUUUAUUAUGUUUGGGAGUUUGUGAUGAAUAAAAUGAUAAAACAUAAA